GGCCAAUCAAAGUGUUUCACUAUAUAACUAAACUGCUUCUUACGCGGUAAAGAGAGGUUAAAUCUGCUUCGCUCUUGAUUCUCGCUUAGCUGCGACUUACCUUGAGCUUAUAUUGUCACUUUCUGUUGACAUUAUAUAGCUGCUCCUGAUGGACUGGAUAACACUAGCCCAUCUAUGAAUUCUAUUCAGAUAGAGCUGCAUUGUUUCAGCUCCUCCCUCUUUUCAGUUGUUUGGGUUAUUCAUGCCAUUGGAAGCCAUUAGUAUCGUCUCCCGUGACAAAGGGGGCGAUGAAAGAAGGUUAGUGAAUUUUCAGCAAAAGAAAACGGUACAUUGGUGGAACAAAAAAUUGGGAAGACUUCCUGACAAUAUACGAUUCUCUUUGAGUGUUGACUCAAGAUAGGUGAUGUUUGGUUAGCAGUUUCUGAUGUGGAAAGUGCUGAGAAUACGUGACAAUUUCAAGCUAAUGCACCCAGUUAUGAUCAGAUUGACAGACAGCAUUUGUAGCCGCACUUCGAUCGAAUUCGCACCUUUUGUAGAGCAUUUCACUCAAUCAAUUGGCGGACAGAUCUUACCAUGGGCAAUUUACUGCAUUUGGACCGUUUCGAAUAUUAUGACCAUGACCCGAACGACUUAUUUUGGGGGGCAUGAACACAAGCGUAGCCAUCUAAGGGCAGCCACUGCAUUUCUAGGCGAAGGAACUAUUGGAGAUCAACUAGUCUUCCCCUCCCCAGGAAACCGUCAAGGUAACUCAACCUGGCGUAAAGUCGGUGAAGUAUCCCACGUGACACACGCACCUCACGACUCAGUUCCUGGCAUAUCCCGGAGCAGAACACCCGGCCGGAGCAAGAAAGCAUAAUAGUGGGUUGGAAUUCAAUCAUAAGACAUGUUCCUGUGCCUGAUCGAUCGACAUUUCUGGAAGGUCCGCAUGACGUUUGGAAGUAUCAGGGGAGACCUGUUUUUGGCGGUGGAAAUUCUGGGUGGGUAACAUUUUGAUCGAUCGGGACCACUGUUUUGGGAACGGACGUUCGUCUGAGUGUUGGAACACAAUCGAAAGCUUUUUUUUUAUGUUUAUGUCAAAGUUAGGAAGCUUGUGGAGUUAUGCAGAUCAGGUGUGAGUUCGAGAUCUCGUGACAUGUUGGACAUGGACGACCUCUGGACUUCGUGCAACUCAGAAGGCUGGUUGGGUCCCCGAUUAAAAGUAAAUAUGCAUGCAGCACUUCCUGGCCGCCGUCUGUUGGCCGAUGAGUAGGCUUGAAGAUCUGCCACGUACAGCCAUUGAGCCAGCCAAGUGUAACGUUUGAACUGGAUCAGGGGGUACAUAUGGUUGUGAGGUCUGCACCCUUAAAGAUAUUGUGCAUGAGAGCUGCUGGGUGCCGCGAAUGCUAAUUGGAUGAGCAUAUUUAGAUGGGGUGAAGGCUGCUUGUGAUUGAUCCGGGACCAAUGCCGCGAGGGCGUUUUUCGUGAUAGGGAACGAAACGAGCUCCUGGACCAGCAGCCAAGACAUGAGAGUGAAGAUGUGUGUGAUGGUGGCAGAAGCUGGAAAUUGGAAGGACUCAGAUUGGGGUUUGGCCUUGCAGUUAAAGUCUGAACUGGAAGGGAAGAGAGAAGUUAGGUCCGAGACGCGCUAUGUCUGUACAAUGACCUGAUGGUGCUCGCUGGCUUGAUAUGGCGGCAUUUGAGGCGUGCAAUUAGUAAUAGUGGCGAUGGCUAUCAAGAUUCGUCCGGGUGUGGGCACGACUCGAGACAUGACAUGAUCAGUCAGUCGAAUCCCAGUCAGUCACCGAAGACUAGACAAAGACAAAGACAAAGACGCCGACGGCCCAGCCAUCUUACUUGGGGAAGGGCUCGCAUGUUCUCACAAUCUACUAACCAAGCCGUCUAAGACAAAGUCCCAUCCCCAUCCCCAGUCUAUUUACCGACCGAUAACGCUUAUCGGUCGCUUACCAGCCCGAAGGGCGAUACGAUACGAUACGAUACGAUGUGACGGGAUGCUAGGAUGAGCGAGCGUGAUCUCAAGAGUCAUUCCCCCAACAACAACCACAGCCAUCUAUCUCAUCAUCUCUUGCUCUCCUCCGUCUCCUCUCUCACUCUAUCACCAUCUUCCAGCUGUAACUCUCGCCACGCUCCACCGGCCACACAUUUCUGCACGGUAUUUCUCUGCCCCAUCCCCAAUCCAUCGCGGUAUCGAGCCAUUCAUUUGCAACUCGGUACUUCUGCUAUUUCCAGUCACUAAGCGCUGCAUCCACACCUGCGCAUACACCUGCAACCUGCACUGCACUGCACUGCACUGCACCUCUCCAUCACCACCACCUACAGCCUCGCCCGGCCCUGCCUGCUCAUUUCUGCAACCUUGUUGUGUACAAAGCAUCGAGCCGCUACAUCCCCGGGAACCCUAACCUGCCAGCCACGAAUCCAGGCUCCUCUGCUCUGCAUCCAACAGGCAUCUUCUCAGCAGCUCUGCCUGUUGCCUCUCGCUUCUUGUACCGAUACCGACCUACCUCCUCCAACGACACAGCUCUACGAACCUUCGAUUCUUCUCAGCGAUACCCAUACUGUAUAUAUGCAGAACGAACUCACAACAAACCUCCUCCCUCAGCUCACCUGGUAGCACUUGAUACCUCUGUUCGAAGAGAUUCGAGCAUCUCUGUUAGACAGAGCUCGAACUCGCCGAUAUGGCGGCACAACCGCCCCCGUCCUCGUCGUCAUCCAGACGGUCGAGGACGGGUGACAAAGUGGUGGGAUCUUUCAGCAUUGAGGACGAGAUAGGCAAAGGAAGCUUUGCCACCGUUUACAGGGGAACACACAAGGCGUCUGGAGCUCUCGUAGCUAUCAAAUCUGUUAAUCUAUCGAAGCUUAACAAGAAGCUCAAGGAUAAUCUCUACUGCGAAAUCGAAAUCCUCAAGGGCCUCCAUCACCCGCACAUCGUCUCCCUGAUAGAUUGCAGAGAAUCGGUAUCACAUAUACAUUUGGUAAUGGAAUACUGUGCUUUGGGAGAUCUUUCGUACUUUAUCAAGAAGAGAGAUAAACUCGCCGACAACCCAGCACUGCGAGACAUGGUCAGGAAAUACCCUAUGCCAGCUGCUGGCGGCCUUAAUGAGGUCAUCGUCAGACAUUUUCUGAAGCAGCUUGCAAGUGCCAUGCAGUUCUUGAGGGAUCGAAAUUUCAUACAUCGGGAUGUCAAGCCACAAAACUUACUUCUCCUUCCGUCACCACAGUAUUUGGCAAAGUCGAAGGACAGCCCUCUGGUCAUGAGUGCAAGCGGCGAGACAAUGAUUCCUAUGGUUGGACUCACAUCUCUGCCUAUGCUAAAGAUUGCGGACUUCGGAUUUGCCCGAUCACUACCGUCGACGUCGUUGGCUGAGACAUUAUGCGGGUCUCCACUCUACAUGGCGCCGGAAAUCCUACGUUACGAGAAAUAUGGUCCUGAGGCGGAUUUGUGGUCAGUAGGUACAGUGUUGUUCGAAAUGAUGACUGGCAGACCUCCAUUCCGUGCUACCAACCACGUGGAAUUAUUACGAAAAAUCGAGCAGGGCGAAGACCACAUCAGAUUUCCCAAGGAUGGUAUUAUUAGUCCACCGAUGAAGGAGAUCAUCAAGGCCCUCCUAAAACGAACGCCUGCCGCUAGGUUGUCUUUCGAGAAUUUCUUCAAGCAUCCCGUGGUUGUGGAUGAGAUUCCGAAUCUUGUUGGUGAUGAUCGCCCAAAGGAGGUGCGAGUUUCAUCAUCAAUACCGACAGAGACUGCAAUGACAAGGACUCCGUCGACAAGAAGUGAUAGAAAGCAGCCCGUAAGAAGCGAAACACCAGUAUUUUCAUCUUCACCAAGAGAACGGCAUGCACCGCCAUCACCGAGGACUCAAGUGGUAGACCCUGUGAGACAACUAGCCGGCACUCCUCCAAGACAAGCACCACAGUCGUUACCAACGACUCGUGAGCAAAAAAGACCGUCCAUCCAGCCGUCAGCAACAGCUCCAAAUGCGGAAACUAUCCAGAGCGGCCGACCUCCAUCUCGAACCUUUAACUCGACAGCGAGGGAACAGAAACGGAUUUCAUCUCGACAAACUUCUAUUGACGAUGGGCCAUCAAACGAAAAGAAGCCCCUUGAGGACUCUCAAACGAGAGCAGCAAUCGCUGCGGCAGAGCAGGCAGUGAAAGAUGAACGUGAAUAUGUACUCGUUGAGAAGCGAGCUGUUGAAGUCAAUGCAUUCGCGGACGAAAUGGCAGCAAAUCCUAGGCUACAAAUUAAGCAAUCAUCACUGCCCUCUCGAGUAGGACCUAUCACAAGAAGAGCUACAACCCAAGGCAACCCGACCUCUGCCACAGGCGCAGUACCAUCUUCUCCUUCACGUGCUGUACAAAUCGCUCAAGGACGGACCCGACCAGAAGUUGUGCCCCAACGACAGAACUCGUUCGGAAGAUCCUAUGGAAGUCCUUCAGGAACAACCUCAGCCAUUGCCAAAGCGCUCCAUGGAGCAAGUGUGAGGGUCUUUGGCGUUGGAUGGAGUCCACAUCUUAUCGGGAAAGGCGUCUCCCCGCCUCAGAUGUACACACCAUUUCCUGUGUAUCCAACAACCCAGGGAGCAGUUGGCUUGAUCGGAGAUGGCAAAUCAACGGGUCCAAUUGACGAGGAUCAGAAAGCCGUCAAUGUGAUCGAGGAGUCGGCUACUAGGAGCGAUGUUGUGUAUGGUUUUGCCGAAGUCAAGUACAAGCAACUCAUCCCAAUGGCACCCUCUAUGGAUCACGGACUAGGCGGUGCGGCAAUGGAGAAACCAGGUGACGUGGACGAGGACGAUGGAUUGACUGUGGAAGCAGUAGUGGCUCUGUCUGAAGAGGCCCUUGUUCUCUAUGUCAAAGCAUUAUCGCUGCUCGCCAAAUCUAUGGAUAUUGCUGGUGCCUGGUGGUCUCGCAAACUUCGCAAUGAUGCCAUUACUGGAACACACUCCUCGGCUAGCAAUGCUGCAGCAGGCAACAGAAUUAACAGCGCGGUACAAUGGGUCCGCAAUCGCUUCAACGAAGUACUAGAGAAGGCAGAAGUCGUUCGACUGAAGCUUAUUGAUGCUCAGAAAAAACUGCCUGAUGAUCACCCAGGCCAUCCAAGUAACCAUGCGACGGCUUCUAGGCUAGGUGGCACUUCCUCCACGGAUGGAGUGCAUCUGAGCUCCGGAAUCACAGCCGAGAAGCUGAUGUACGACAGAGCUUUGGAGAUGAGCCGCUCAGCAGCCAUCAAUGAAAUUGCCAAUGAGGACCUCACAGGCUGUGAAAUCUCAUACAUGACCGCAAUUAGAAUGCUUGAAGCAGUUCUGGAGAACGACGACGAAGUUCAGCCCCCACAACGCAAGCGAGCUUCAAGUCUUCGAGAGGCAAGGGAGAAGAAGGAAGAAGAUGGUACAGUGAAUGGCAUCAAUAUUGAAGAUAGACAGGCAGUGUUGAAAGUGGUCCAAAUGAUCCGCUCCCGUCUGUCGACCCUGAGAAAGAAGAUGCAAUUGAUCGCCAAGCACAGCUCUCUCCCUCCCUCCUCGCCCCGGCCAGCGAGUAUCACCCAUAGUGGUGGAACCACCCCGACAGUGGCUAACACGCCACCGCCCUGAAUAUACUACGUUCACGGCUUUAGGUCCUUCAAUACGAGAGCAGCAAGUCUCUCUCCCUAACUUGCCAAGCUGCCAGGACACUGGACAGGAUACCAGCUCCUCCGGCUUUAAGACGCAUACAUAAACUAUUAUCAGCAUCGGCGUUCGAUACGAAUGAUUACGUUACCAAUUUGCCAACGGACUACCCUGCGACCUACCUUCUACUGUCUACUGUUUUUAGAUCCGGGAGCAAAAUCCAAUAUCGAAGUUCUACACUCCUUUCUUCGUUUUCUUCUCGUUUUCUGCUUCUUUCCAAAUGGAAACCUUUGGAUUGUAUGUUUUUUCUACUGAGCCUUUUUUUUUUGCUUUCUCUUUUUCCGGAAUGGAUACUGGCGUUCGGGGCGUGGGAUUGGUUGGAUUAGGCUUAGUCUCAGGCUCAGGAUCGGGGAACAGACAGGACUUUGUUUAGUAUGGCAUGGCAUGGCAUGGCAUGGCAUGGCAUAGCCUGCUACUGUUUUUUUUUUUUUUUUUUUGCAGCGAGCGAGUGAGCGAGUGUCGAACGAGGCAGGAUUUGAAUCAUUGGCGAUGCUCAGAGCUUUGCCAUUUUUAGCGAGCUUUAAGCCUAUCUAUUUAGGUACUUCAUGAAUGAAUGGACGCACAUGUGCAUAUUUUGCAGAUGAGAUGCGAUGAUACUUGCUUGCUUGGUUCAGUCACGUUCGGCUUGUUUACUUGGUUGGGAAUUGCGUUUGGCGAGGCGAGGCGCAAGGGCUUGCAUGCGUUCACGUUUACGUUUGUGUAUACCCUGUUGCCUUUACUUUUAUUCUUCUUUUCUUGCCGGUCUUGUCAUUUGCUCCGUCUUCUCAUUCUCGUAUCUUGAUUUGGGUGGGUGGAUGGACAGGUGGACAUUGAGGACGGUGAAUAAAAGAGCGAACAACUUCAUGGUCGGAAAGGGGAAAGGGGUUGCAUGGCCUAGAUUGAUUAUCUGAGGAUAGAGUGGGGUAAUAGGCAGCUCAGGAUGGCUUCCAUUGGUUUGGAAAGGAUGAGAGGAACGGUCCUGGGAGACAUCGUUGUUAGACAGCUGUUUACUGCUACGUAUGUACAUUAGUAAGUUAGCUAGCUAUUUGACGAAAUGGAUGAAUGAAUGAAUGAAUGGGUAAAUGAAUGAAUAAAUGAAUGAACGAAUGAG